ACUUCUAAUUUUUGAAACGCCACCGUAUCAAGUGUCCUUUCCCUCUUGUCUUUUGCUUUAUUUUUCUUUCCGCCGUAAAUCCACCAUGGGAUACACCUUCAUCUUUGUUUCAUCGGCACACUGAAACCUUUAGAAUCUCCAAAGCUACGUCGUUUCUGAAGUCAUGGGACAAGUCCUAGAAAAAUUCCAUGGGAAGGAAUGGAGAAAGAGACAGAUUAGGAAAAUCAGUGAUAAGGUUUUUGAGCGUGUCAAAAAUCAAUCAGGAAGAGCUACUUUGACAUUUGAAGAUCUAUAUAUCGCUGUCUUGCUGGUGUAUAAUGAUAUUAAUAAGCGUUUGCCUGGGCCGCACUUUGAUCCACCCUCUAAGGACCAAAUCAGAUCAAUGAUGCAGGGACAAAGGGGUUAUUUACACCAAUUUGUUAUUCGAAUUGUUCAAAUUGAGUGUGACUUGAACCUUGACGGACAAAUCAACCAUGAUGAAUUUGUGAAAUUCAUUCAGAAGCUUACAACCGACACGUUGGUUGUCGUUAGUCAGGGACUGCUUGUCACUUUGGUUGUCGCUCCUACUGUAGCUAUGGCGACAAAGAAGGCGACUGAGGGCGUUCCCGGUGUUGGAAAAGUGGUUCAAAAGUUGCCCAAUGCAAUUUAUGCAUCUCUUGUCACCCUCGCAAUGGUUUGGUUUCAAACAUCGCGCGAAGGGAUUGAGUAGAGAAUUCUUCCUUCUUUUGUCUACUGUAAAUGAGAUAAAGAUUAUUGCUCGGUUUGUAUAGAACAAUAUCCUGCAAGUUGGCUUAAUAAUCAGUAGGAGGAAAUCUCUGAAACUCCAUUAGAAGGAUUUUAUAACUUGUGAUAAUGCAUAUGAUAUUUGUUUCCCAA